ACAAGGAACCAUGAGGUCACUGCUCCUCUUCCUCCUCAUCGGAGCUGCUUUUGCCUUUAAUGACGACAAGAUCGUCGGGGGUUAUGAGUGCCAACCUCACUCCCAACCCCACCAGGUUUCUCUCCACUACGGUUACCACUUCUGCGGCGGCUCCCUGGUCAAUGAGAACUGGGUCGUUUCCGCUGCUCACUGCAACUUUGUGAGCGGCGUUGAACUGCGUCUGGGAGAGCACAACGUCGAGGUCCACGAAGGAACUGAGCAGUUCAUCAGCACCUCUGUUGUGAUCCCUCAUCCCCAGUACAGCCCCCAAACCAUUGACAAUGACAUCAUGCUGAUGAAGCUGAGCAGGCCCGCCACCUUCAACAAGUACGUGCAACCCGUGGCUCUGCCCACCAGAUGCGCUCCUGUGGGUGUCAUGUGCAAGGUUUCUGGCUGGGGGAACACAGAGGACCCUGCCGUUGAUAAUACCAAGCUGCAGUGUUUGGACGUCCCAGUCCUUUCUGACAGUGUCUGUAGAACCUCGUACCCUGGAAAGAUCACCAGCUCCAUGUUCUGUGCUGGAUAUAUGGAGGGGGGGAAGGACUCCUGCCAGUUUGACUCUGGUGGCCCUCUGGUGUGCAGCGGUGAGCUGCAGGGUGUUGUGUCCUGGGGUAUAGGAUGUGCAGAUAAGGGCUACCCUGGUGUCUAUGCCAAGGUCUGCGUUUAUAGUGACUGGUUGGAGAGCACCAUGGCAAAUAACUAAGCAAUUCAAUCAAAGAUGUUCUUUCCAACAGCCUAACAUAAUCUGCUGUUUAUGUUCAAUUUAAAACACUAAGUGAUGAAGCUGAAUAAAAAUAAAACAUCAUAAAA